CCGCUUCGAACUUCCUCUUUCUCUUUUCCGAUACGUUCGCGGUCGUGUAAAUUUGUGUUUGCAAACCAAUCCUAGCCAUGGUGCGAAUGAACGUAUUGGCCGAUGCCUUGAAGUGCAUCAACAAUGCCGAGAAGCGUGGCAAGCGCCAGGUGCUGCUGCGUCCCUGCUCCAAGGUGAUCAUCAAGUUCCUGACCGUCAUGAUGAAGCAUGGCUACAUUGGCGAGUUCGAGAUCGUCGACGAUCACCGUUCUGGCAAGAUUGUGGUCAAUCUGACCGGUCGCCUGAACAAGUGCGGCGUCAUCUCGCCCCGUUUUGAUGUCCCCAUCAAUGACAUCGAGAAGUGGACCAACAAUCUGCUGCCCUCCCGUCAGUUUGGCUACGUUGUGCUCACCACCUCGGGCGGUAUCAUGGACCACGAGGAGGCCAGGAGAAAACAUCUGGGAGGCAAGAUUCUCGGCUUCUUCUUCUAGACCCGGGCAUUGCGAGCGGACGAGCGAGUAGAAGUGGUUGAUGGAUAUGUAGAAUGUUGUUUUAUUUCUCCGACGUGCGCCGCCUUCCUUUCCCCAUCUAACAUUCAGCUACGUUUUGUAUGCAAGCCAAGGGCGAGAAACUCAUUCAUUCAGACAGACAGACAUCCAGCCAAUGAAUGUUUACAAAGAAACGCGAAAUAAAAUGAUUGAUACAUAAUUUUA